CGGGCGCGCAGUGCGGCUGCGCGGGCGUCUCGGGCUCCGAGGCCCCGGCGCCGCGGCUCUUUUGUUUCCCGGCCGCGGUCGGAGUCGGAACCGGAGUCGGAACCGGAGUCGGAACCGCAGCCGCAGCCGCAGCCGCAGCCGAGCGAGCCGGGCUGGGACCAGCCGCGCCGGGCCCGAGGGCACCGAGCCGGACCCGACACCCCGAGCCUAGGCCGAGCCCGGUGGCCGGCGCCCCUCAGCCCCGCCGCCCCCGGCCCAGUCGCCGCGGCCUCUCGGGCCUCCCGCCCUCCGGGACCCCGCGGCCUCCGGGCCCCACCGACGUCCCGCCGGGGCCCGGCACCCGGCCUGGGCCCGCCCCAUGGGCCGCGGCCCGCGGCGGCCGCCCCGCUAGCAGGCCCGGGCCGGUGCCCCGACGAUGCGCGCCUGAGCCCCGCCGCCCCCGGCCCGGCCCGCGCCCUGGACCCCGGCCGCGGCGGCAUGGAGGCCGUGGGCAAGUUCGAGUUCUCCCGCAAGGACCUCAUUGGGCACGGGGCCUUCGCCGUGGUCUUCAAGGGCCGCCACCGGGAGAAGCACGACCUGGAGGUCGCGGUGAAAUGCAUCAAUAAGAAGAAUCUCGCCAAGUCGCAGACGCUGCUGGGGAAGGAAAUCAAAAUCCUCAAGGAGCUGAAGCACGAGAACGUCGUGGCUCUGUAUGACUUCCAGGAAAUGGCCAAUUCUGUCUACCUGGUCAUGGAGUACUGUAACGGCGGGGACCUGGCUGACUACCUGCACACCAUGCGCACGCUGAGUGAGGACACCAUCCGGCUCUUCCUGCGGCAGAUGGCAGGGGCCAUGCGGCUGCUGCACAGCAGAGGCAUCAUCCACCGUGACCUCAAGCCCCAGAACAUCCUGCUGACCAGCCCUGGCGGCCGCCGCGCCAGCCCCAACACCAUCCGCGUCAAGAUCGCCGACUUCGGAUUUGCCCGCUACCUGCAGAGCAACACGAUGGCGGCCACGCUCUGCGGCUCCCCCAUGUACAUGGCCCCCGAAGUCAUCAUGUCGCAGCACUACGAUGGGAAGGCGGACCUGUGGAGCAUUGGCACCAUCGUGUACCAGUGCCUGACGGGGAAGGCCCCCUUCCAGGCCAGCAGCCCCCAGGACUUGCGCCUCUACUAUGAGAAGAACAAGAUGCUGGUCCCCACCAUUCCCCGGGAGACCUCGGCCCCUCUCAGGCAGCUGCUCCUGUCCCUGCUCCAGCGAAACCCCAAAGACCGCAUGGACUUUGAUGAGUUUUUCCAUCACCCUUUCCUUGAUGCCAGCUCCUCAGUCAAGAAGUCCCCGCCGGUGCCCGUGCCCUCCUACCCAAGCUCAGGAUCUGGCAGCAGCUCCAGCAGCAGCUCCACUUCGCACCUGGCCUCCCCGCCGUCCCUGGGGGACACGCCGCAGCAGCUGCAGAAGACGCUGACGUGUCCAGCCGACGCCGCGGGCUUCCUGCACGGCUCCGGGGACUCAGGCAGCAGCAAGGGCUCGUCCUGCGACACCGACGAUUUUGUCAUGGUCCCGGCCCAGUUCCCAGGUGACCUGGUGGCCGAGGCCGCUGGGGCCAAGCCCCUGCCCGACAGCCUGAUGUGCAGCGGGAGCUCCCUAGUGGGCUCCAUGGGCCUGGAGAGCCGUGGCCGGACCCCAUCUCCAUCCCCGCCUUGUAGCAGCUCCCCCAGCCCCUCCAGCAGGUAUGGCGGGUCCGUCCCCAUCCCCGUCCCCACGCAGGUGCAGAACUAUCAGCGCAUUGAGCAGAACCUACAGGCACCUGGUCACUGCCAGGCUACCCGGUCCACCGCCAUCCAUAGGUCAGGCAGCAGCAGCCCUCUGGGCUUGGCACGUGCCAGUGUGUCCCCCCCAUCCCCUGCCGAGCAUGGAGCCCUGACCAGGAAGUUCUCCCUGGGCGGGGGCCGGCCGUACACACCAUGCCCACAAGGUGAGCCCACACGCUGGGGGCCUGGGCCCCCCCGAGAGCCCAUCACUGGGGGCCGGGGCCGGUCUCCAGUUUGGCUGGUGACCCUGCUGCGCCCGUUUCCCCAAGUUGGAACCAUCCCCGAGAGGCCGGGCUCCAGUGGGGCGCCCUCCCCACAAGGAGCUGAGACACGGGGCGGCAAGAUCCCUCGUCCAGGUAGGUGCGCCCUGGGCCCCUCGGCAUGGCCCGUCUGUGGGUUGGCGGGGCGAGGGCCAGCUGACCUCCCCGGCUUGGGCAGCGCAGUUUUCCUGUGCUCGUCUUCGUUUCUCAAAAAUAACAAAACAGACUGUGAGUCGAGACUGCCUGUGCUCAAACCCCACCCUGUGUGCUGCAGAGCUGUGCACCCCAGGCAGGUUUCCGCAGCUGCUCGCGGAGGGUCUGCACGGAAGGGCUGCGUGCUGGGUGGCCGUGGUCCUGGCCACUGUUGUUCAUGGCAGGGCGGUGCUUGCUCCUCGGGGUGUGGCGGGUGUCCUGACGUGUCCCCUGUCCCAGGCUCGUCUGUGCCCGAGCACUCGCCUCGCACCACCGUCCUGGGCUGCCGCCUGCACAGCGCCCCCAACCUCUCCGACCUGCACGUCGUCCGCUCGCAGCUGCCCAAGCCCCCCACAGACCCCCUGGGAGCCACGUUUGGCCCCCUGCAGGCCAGCCCCCCACAGCUGCCCCCCGGCCUGCCGGCCUGCCGGCCCCUGCGCAGCUCACCCAGGCUGCCUGACCUCCUCCAGCGGAAACCCCUGCCCCCCAUCCUGGGCUCCCCCACCAAGGCCGUCCCCUCGUUCGACUUCCCCAAGGCCCCCAGCUCCCAGAACCUGCUGGCCCUCCUGGCCCGGCAGGGCGUGGUGGUGGCGCCCCCACGGAACCGGACCCUGCCUGACCUCUCGGAGAUGGCGCCCUUCCAGGCGCCACAGCUGGGCCCCGGCCUGCGGCCCACCGAGGAGGCCAAGGGUCCCUUCGGCAGGUCCCUCAGCACCGGCCGCCUCACUGACCUGCUCCUCAAGGCCGCGUUCGGGCCGCAGGCCCCCGACUCAGGCAGCACGGACAGCCUGCAGGAGAGGCCCAUGGAGAUCGCACCCUCUGCUGGCUUCGGAGGGACCCUGCAGCCUGGAGUCCGUGCUGGGGGGUCCGGCAGCCCCUCCCCUGUGGUGUUCACUGUGGGCUCCCCGCCCAGCGGGGCCCCCCCGCCCCAGGCCCCCCGCCCCAGGAUAUUCUCAGUGGGCUCCUCCGGCUCCCUGGGCUCAGCCGGCUCCUCCUCCGGCCGCCACCUGAUGCCGGGGCCCUGCAGUGAGGGCGCCGCCACCGAGCUCUCGGCCCCCGGACACUGCUGCAGCCUGGCCGACACCAUGGCCGCCCAGCUGGAGGGGGCUGUGACCUUCGAGGCCCCGGACCUCCCCGAGGAGACCCUCAUGGAGCAAGAGCACACGGACAUCCUGCACAGCCUCCGCUUCACACUGCUCUUCGUCCAGCACGUCCUGGAGAUCGCAGCCCUAAAGGGCCGUGCCAGCGAGGUGGCUGGUGCCCCCGAGUACCCGCUGCAGGAGAGCGUGGUGGCCGAUCAGAUCAGCCAGCUGAGCCGCGAGUGGAGCUUCGCAGAGCAGCUGGUGCUGUACCUGAAGGUGGCGGAGCUGCUGUCCUCGGGCCUGCAGACGGCCAUUGACCAGAUCCGGGCCGGCAAGCUCUGCCUGUCCUCCACGGUGAAGCAGGUGGUCCGGAAGCUGAACGAGCUGUACAAGGCGAGCGUUGUGUCCUGCCAGGGCCUGAGCCUGCGGCUGCAGCGGUUCUUCCUGGACAAGCAGCGACUCAUGGACCGAGUGCACAGCAUCACGGCCGAGAAGCUCAUCUUCAACCACGCGGUGCAGAUGGUGCAGUCGGCCGCCCUGGACGAGAUGUUCCGCCACCGGGAGGACUGCGUGCAGCGCUACCACCAGGCCCUGCUGCUCCUCGAGGGCCUGCAGCAGAUCCUGGUGGACCAGCCGGAUGUGGAGAACAUCGCCAGAUGCAAGCUGUGUAUUGAGCGGAGACUCUCGGCUCUGCUGACGGGCAUCUGUGCCUGACACUCCCACCUACCACACCCAGGCCCCAGAGCCGAGGGGCCAGACCUCUUGCCGUGCCCUUGGGGGACACCGUCGGCUGCAGCCUUGGCACUGGUGGCUGGUGUGGAGCUCUCCUGCUCCGGUGCCCUCCUCUGGGGAUGGACGUGGGUGCAGCUGUAGCAGGAGCCAGCGGCCACAGGCUGUUCGCUUCAGGCCUCGCCAACAGCCCCUGGGGCCUCCACGGCAGGCCCAGGCCACCCCUGGGUGGCCUUCAGAUCACGUCGCCCACUCAAAGCCAAAGUGUGUUUCCCAGAUGGCCAGCUCCGUUCUCAAGGAACCUCCCUCGACAGCCAGCCCCCAGCUGUGUGCAUCGGGAGAGCAGCACUUUAUGCAGACAGACUGGAGAAGCUCGACCUCACGCAGCGGGGCCUGCCAGGCCGCCGGGAAACGCUGUUCUUCCUUCUCGGUCGUUGCACUACGAGGUGUGUGUGCAUAUCCGUGUCCAGAUGUGUGUAAAUAUAUAUUAUAUAUAUAUAUAACAGCCCCGUGAGCGUGUGUGUGAGCCAGGCGUGCCCCCCGUGCUGUGUCUGGUACUUGGAAGUGAAGCAGCCCCCGGGGCCAGCAGGGUCCCUGCCAGCUGGAGCCCCCUUUCCAAGAGGAAAGACACAGCUGUUUAUUGAAAUGUUCUUUUCAGGACAGACCGUAUAAAGCCUGUGCUUUUAAACCCAGAGCAGACGUUGUCAUCUUUCACGCUUGAGUCCGAACGCAGCUUUGCUUUCCCUGCAGCCCUCGGCUUCUGGUUAGAGGAGAGCUUGCCGGUGUUCGGGAGCGUUGGUUUGGGUGGGGAGCAGGAUGGGGUGCUGAGGUGGACGCCUGUGUUCAGAGCCAAGUGGUGCUGGGGUGUGGCCAAGGGUCUGGUGAGCCUGCUGCUGCCCCGGGCAUGUGUCUGCCUGUCUGUCUCCCCUCACAGCCCUGCUGUGGCAGCCUCCUGAACGCAGGGCAGGUGAGCGUGUUCAUUUUGAGCAACUGAAAAAUACACAUAUGCAAAAACCUCCCCGUCCAGCUUUUCGGUCACUUUGAGCUAAAGCUCUGCUCAGCUGAAGCCUCGGUGGGGGUCUUGGGGCCCAGGGGGCGUGGGGCCUGGGGCCCCGUUUCCAGGGCAGGGACAAGCCGGAGCCCGCCGGGGCCUUUGGCUGCAGCUCCACUUGUGUCCUCCGCGGGGGCUGCGGGGCUGCUUGGGGCCGGCCCAGGGCGCAGGUGUGUGUCUUUUUCUCUUCAAUACUUGAAGCGUUGCCACUGUGCUAGGACUUGUCAGAAGGAAAGACCCCGGGACUCGUUUUUGGUCAUCGUGCUGUUUUUAUUUUACUGCAUGUAACGUGUUAAAGGACAAAAAGCUUCUGUGGAUCCUUGUAUUUAUUGCUUCGCGGCUGGCUGGGAGCCUGGGCCCGGGGCCGCCGGAGGGCCUGGCCUGUGCUCCCGUCCGCUCGUGGCGCUCGGAGUGGCCGCGUCCCGCGUGUGUGCUGGCACGUCCUGUUCCUCCAGAGACGGCUCGCGGCCCUGGGCGAUUUUAACACGAAUUUUGUGUGAUUUUCCCUUUUUGCUUUAAAUUGUGUAAUACCAAUUUAAGGAAUAAACCUUUGGAAUUGUUGA